UUUGGGCACCAACCGCACCACCACUCCACUCCAACACACUCCACAUCACAGCACACAAAAUAAUAGUCGAGUUCGAGACGAAAUUUUUUGUUUUAGCCAAGAAAAAGGUGCAGAAGAAUUUUUGUUUAAAUAAAAAUAUAUAUGUACAAAACUUAAAUAAUUUUGUGCAAAAUACGCCACGCGUUUGAGCGCCGCUGCUGUGCGCGUCCUACAAGUGAAAAAUACCAAAAAAAAAAAAGAUUACUAUUUGCCAGCAGCGAAAAAAAUAAAACAAACGAAAUAAAAUGAAAAUAAAAUACCUGCGUUAAUAUGUGCAUAAAAUACCUACAUAAAUUUGCUGCUGUGCGAAAAUUAUUUGCACAAAGUGUUAAAAACAAGCUGUGUACUGUGAUUUAAAGAAAAAAUGUAUAAUUAAAAUAAAGCAUUCGCAAUCGAUUUGAUAGCCGAUAGCCCAUUGCAGAAGGCGCGCGUGGCUGCCACACAUUCGAAAGAAAAAUACAAGAAGAAAAAAUAACAAAAUUUAUAUGCACAUACAUACGUCUAAAUAGUAAUGUAUCCGUGUACAACGUUUUGCUCGCUAUUGUUGUCGUUGUUGUUAUUGUGCGCGGCAGUGCAAAUUCGCUAGCAACGGAAUGCCAACAGUGGUUUGUGUAAAAGACGCGCGGCGCGCGCUUCUCGUCUCUGUCAAUUUCAACAUCGUUGUGUUGGUGCUGUUGCAGUGAUCAGUGCACUGUCGAUGCAAAAGUUUCGACAAAAAAACUAGACCCACUUGGAAAAAAAAUGUAAAUAAAAUGUUGUCAACAAAUUUGAAAGUAAACCAACUGCUUGCAUCAAAAAGUCGAAAAGUUGAACGUAUUGAGAGCUUACCAAUAGGCGCACAAUACUAAAAGUGAGCAAAGUAAAUGCAAACAAUCGCGCUUCAAAGUGACAAAAUACUACACCGAAAAAAAAUUGUUAAAAAAAAAUAAUCAGCCGGAUGAGAUUUUAAAUUAAAUCAAAUCACAUCAGUGAAUUUAAGUGCCAAUACUACUAAAUAGAAAUUAAAUUUAUUCGUAAAUGUUAAAAUACAACUCACGCACGUAUGCCUACAUAUACAUUCACCCAUACAUACAUAAAUACAUACAUAUGUACCGACGCAGGUCCAUAUGCAAGUGCUGUAAAAUCGCAUUGAAAGCAAAAGUGCAUAAAAAAUAUUAAUAUUUCCUUAUGAUUUUGUCAUGAAUCAGUACACUCCAGAUAUAUCAACUUAUAAACAUCAAGCUAGACAAGCGAUCGCGACAGCAACAAUAACAAAAGCAAAGAACAUCCAGAGCAAUCGAGUAAUCGAUAUCGACGAAAUAACCAAUAUAUGUACAGCCUGAGUUUGACGCGACGAAAUGUGUUUAUUGGCAACCGUUUCCACAACUGCUGACCAACGAUAGCACCAUCAACAACAAGAGUAACAGGAACUGUAACUGAAACGGCAACAAAAAAAACAAAACGACUUCGAUGUCAACCACAUUUAUGUGUCCAGCCACAGCUGUCUGUAACAAGUCGAUUGCAGGUAAAGGCGUAUUAUGCUGUAGCAUCAUUUUCUGCUAACAAAUUAUACACCAAUCCGUUCUUAUUGCCGCAAUUGCCCACAACAGCUGCCGCUAAUGCGCUCUAAAUAAAGCGAAAUACCAUAAGUGCCAUACACAAACAAAGAAAAGCCGUUAAAACGUAACGCAAAGUAACGCAACGCAACGAAUUCCGUCCACAUAUACUGAGAUUCUUAGUGCCGUUUACAAAAGUAAAAAUAAAAUCAAAAAAGUUUUAAACAACAAGCAACGCAUAUAACUUUAAGAAAUUAGUAAUUAAGGAUAUAGGACAUAGUCAAGAAAAGAGCUUCCAAAAGUUAAACGAAAAAGACAAAAAUUAUUAGCAGUAAGUUUAAAGUAGCACUAAAUACAAGAAGUAAAGGGGAAAACAUAUUAACUUAGAAAGCCAUAGAACGUAAAAAAGGAUCAGCGAAGCGUAGCUUAGCAGCAUUGAAAUCAUUUGAAGGCUUAAACGUACAUGAAAGCUCUUACCAACGACGUGGCACACGUGAAAGCUUGUCAUUGCGCUCGAAAGCUCUUGCAACGUUCAAAACGAGUAUAAAAAGCUGCGCGAAAGCUUCGCUCAAAACCACAUCUAUACCACUACGCGUGCUUCAAACUGGAGCUUAAGCAUAAGAAGCAUAAGAUGUCCGCAUCGCCCGCCACCACUAGUGUCAUCACCUCAAACGAACUUGCCAUACAACAGCAGCAACAACAGCAACAGCUCCAACAACAACAGCAGCAACAGCAGCAACAGCAGCAGCAGCUUCAUCAACAGCAGCAUCUACAGCAACAGCAACAGCAGCAACAUCAACAGCAACAGCAACAGCAACAACAACAACAACAACAACAGCUACAAACGCACAAUUCCCCAACACGCGUCUCACUCGCGUCUGGUGCUGUAUCUGUCACUAACGUUGUAACCACCACCUCUUCAGCUGCAGCUGCUGCCGCUGCCGCUGGCGCCAACGGUUUGUCCCUCAUGCAUCGCUCACCGGAUAGUCCACAGCCCGAGUUGGCCACCAUGACGAACGUAAACGUACUCGAUCUGCACACAGACUCCUCAAAACUCUACGACAAGGAUGCAGUUUUCAUCUACGAAAGUCCGAAGGUGGUGUUGCCCACAGUGGGCUCAGGUGGUGCGACGGUGACCAGUGAUGAGCAUGUGAUUGAUGCGCGCAUGGUUGCCCAAUUGAAUGAACAGCAAGCAGCUGUUGCCGCUGCCGCUGCAGCGGCCGCCGCCACAGAAAAUCAGCCCUUGGCCAAGAUCGAAUUCGAUGAGAAUCAGAUAAUACGCGUAGUUGGACCGAAUGGCGAGCAACAACAAAUUAUUUCACGUGAGAUUAUCAACGGUGAACAUCACAUACUGUCACGCAAUGAGGCUGGCGAACACAUACUGACACGCAUCGUUAGCGAUCCGACAAAAUUGAUGCCUAGCGAUAAUGCUGUCGCUGCAGCGAUGUUCAAUCAGGCACAGAAAAUGGCCAAUGACCAUGGAGUCUAUCAGACUUCACCAUUGGAUGCAUCAAUGUUGCAACAUUAUGAGCCGGAUAGUGUUGUCAAGGCGGAGGUGGAUAUAUACGAUGACCCGAAGAAGCCGCCGGGUAGCGGAGGUGGCGGCCAACAAAUACUCUAUACUACAACUGGACCAGAUGCUGGAAAGCAGCUUUCACAUUUGCCUGUAACAACGAAGCUGGAAUCGGAUAUGUAUCCAACAGACAAGCAUAUCGAUUUGAUUUACAAUGAUGGCAAUAAAACGGUUAUCUAUACGACUACAAGUGAUCAGAAGGGUCUAGAAAUUUACUCGGGUAGUGAUUUGAGUGGCCUGGUUGCCGAUGGACAGGUAGUGGUGCAGGGUGGAUUGCAGUAUGCUGGCGCAGGAGGCGCAGGCGGUCAGCCUGUUUACAUUGUGUCCGAUGGUAGUUUGCCGCCAGGCGUCGAGGGACAUUUGCAAAGCACCACAACUGGGGCCAACAACAAGUUAAAUGGUCAAACCACACCUCUGGACGUAUCCGGCCUAUCGCAAAAUGAAUUCCAAGGCCUAUUGCUUGGUUCACACCCAUCGGCUGGCGGCGGCAGCGGCAAUGCAUCCACAACACCAACGUCCAUCGCACAGCAUUCGGCCAUUGUGGCAGCCGCCACAGCCGCAGCCGCGGCAGCUGGUGGCGCCACUACAGCUGUGGUGGUUACCGCCGAACAGCAACGUCUGGCCCAGCAACAAGCUCAACAGACGAUCAGCAUCAAACGCGAACCGGAAGAUCUACGCAAGGAACCGAAAAGUGGCGUUAGCAGCACCAUCGUCGAUGCGACAAACCUCAUUACAAAUGGUGGCGCGGGCAGUGGUGCGGCACAUCAUCAGCAACAGCAACACGGCGACACGAAGGUUUUAGUUGUGCAGUCACCAACAUCACCAACGCACACAACCAUACAAAUUAAAGAGCCGCCUAUAAGUCCUGGAAGUCCAACAACAGAUACAAUGUACGCUGCCAGUGGCGGCACACAAAUUUACUUGCAGGGCGCUCACCAGUCCAAUGCACCUGGCUCUGUUGUCGGCGGCGGCGGCGGUGGCUCUAACAAUGUGCAUGUCAAUGCACAGACACCCAGUCCCGGCCCUUACAUCACACCCGACGGCUAUGGCAUGUACACAACGACACGCCUCACUUCGGGCGGUCCCACUUCCACAUUCAUCUCAGAGCCUUAUUACCGCGAAUUCUAUACGACUGCAACCACAGCAGACACACAGACUGGCUAUGGACAGGCGCCACGCAAUAUUGUGUAUGGUGGCGCUGAUGUUGAGCCACCACAACCGGGCACCACCUAUGAGGGACGCUUCACCACGGCUGCUGCACCAGUGACCAGUAUGCCAUCACAUACCACAGCCAAUACGGCGGGGAACAUCAAGAAUGGCACACCGGUGUAUGCGAAGGCCAUCACAGCUGCUGGCUUGACGGUGGAUUUGCCAAGCCCAGAUUCGGGUAUUGGCGCUGAUGCAAUUACACCACGCGAUCAGAAUAAUAUACAUCAGUCUUUCGACUACACAGAGCUUUCUGGCACACUGUUGGACAGCAAUGGCGGUAUACCAGUGUCGGUGAAUAGCAUACAACGUGGCGCUGUUAGUGUUCACGGUCAAAUUAGUCCGACCACAUCGCUGGGCGGCUCUACGCCGAAUGGUGCCACACGUUCGAGGCCGUGGCAUGAUUUUGGACGUCAAAAUGAUGCGGACAAAAUACAAAUACCAAAAAUCUUCUGCAAUGUCGGCUUCCGCUACCACCUGGAGAGUCCGAUCAGUUCGUCACAAAGACGCGAAGACGAUCGCAUCACAUACAUCAACAAAGGACAAUUCUAUGGCAUUACAUUGGAGUAUGUGCACGAUCCCGAUAAGCCCAUCAAGAACACAACUGUCAAGAGCGUUAUUAUGCUGAUAUUCCGCGAAGAGAAGAGUCCCGAUGAUGAAAUCAAAGCCUGGCAAUUCUGGCAUAGUCGGCAACAUUCGGUUAAACAACGUAUUUUAGAUGCAGGUAAGACAGACACGAAAAAUUCCGUUGGUCUAGUUGGCUGCAUCGAGGAGGUCUCCCACAAUGCCAUCGCCGUCUAUUGGAAUCCGCUAGAGAGCUCAGCUAAGAUCAACAUCGCCGUUCAAUGCCUGAGUACGGACUUUAGCAGUCAAAAGGGAGUUAAGGGUCUGCCAUUGCACGUUCAAAUCGACACAUUCGAGGAUCCGCGCGAUGUUCAAGUCUUCCAUCGAGGCUACUGCCAAAUUAAGGUCUUCUGCGAUAAGGGUGCUGAGCGUAAGACACGCGAUGAGGAGAGACGCGCUGCUAAACGUAAAAUGACCGCUACAGGUCGCAAGAAGCUCGAUGAAUUAUAUCAUCCGGUUACCGAUCGUUCGGAGUUUUAUACAAUGCAGGAUUUACAAAAGCCACCGGUACUUUUUUCACCCGCCGAUGAUAUGGAAAAGCAGAGCUUCUAUGGCCAUGAGACUGAUUCCUUGACCGGCGCACCAGAUCUCAAAGGCACAUCACCAUUCUUGCUGCAUGGCCAAAAAGUGGCGGCGCCAACACUCAAAUUCCACAAUCAUUUUCCGCCCGACGUGCAGACCGACAAGAAGGAUCACCUGCUGGAUCAAGGUCUGGUACCCAGUGCCAUGGGCGAUUUUGUGCCACCACUGAAACGCGGACGCAUGACACCGCCCACCAGCGAACGCGUUAUGCUAUUCGUGCGACAGGAGAACGAAGAUAUUUACACGCCGCUGCAUGUGGUGCCGCCCACCACAAUUGGCCUGUUGAAUGCGAUUGAAAGUAAAUACAAAAUCUCAACAGCGAGUAUAAAUAAUAUUUAUCGUACAAAUAAAAAAGGGAUUACUGCGAAAAUUGAUGAUGAUAUGAUUUCGUACUAUUGCAAUGAAGACAUAUUUCUGCUGGAAGUGCAGCAGAUCGAAGACGAUUUGUAUGACAUAACAUUAACGGAGUUGCCCAAUCAUUGAGCAGAAGGACCAUAUACAUAUAUAUAAAAAGAUGUAACUCAUGAACAAAGCAAUAAAGUAGCAAUUAGCAAAAAAAAAAAUUAAAGCACCAGUGGCAGCUAAAAGAGAGAAUACAACUGGAGAAGGAGGCCAAAAGCCCAACAACACAUAGUGAAGUUGUAUUAGUUUGGUAAAUUGAAGUGUAAGCUGUUUUCUUUUUAUUAUAACUAUGACGUAAAACCAACAACAACAACAACAACAACAACAGCAACUACAGCAAUGCACAAAACAAUGGACACAAUAUUAAUUAUGUUACGUAAAUAGAUAAGGAAUUUAAAAUGUUUCAAAUGAAACAACAAAUACAAAUACAAAAUACUCUUAUGAGCAGUUAAACAAUAA